AUGCUGGACGGCCAUCAGCCAAAGAACGUGAAGCUGCGACAUGCCGGCAGCAGGCUUCGCAGGCUUUGGGACGUGGAGGUGGUGAUCAGGAAUGACCACAUGUACUUGUGUCGUGGAUGGGAGCAGUUUGUUGGUGCCUACGACCUGCGCCAUGGGUACUUCCUUGUCUUCAGGUACGACGGCGACGCCAUGCUCACCGUGAAGGUGUUCAACACGACUAUGUGCCGCAUGCGCUACCAGGACGAUGAUGAUGCCAGCAAUGCGAGCAACAGUAGCAACUCUGGUUACAGCAAAAGCAGCAACGACUCUGGCUACCGCGAAAGCAGCAGCGAGGAUGAUCCGGAAUGGAGUGGGGAAGAAGAGGAGCAGAGUGGGGAUGAGGAGGUGCAACCUAUUCUGUCUGACGAUGACCUCGCGAUGGAAUGCCACGUUGGUUGGUUCGCCCAUGAGAAAAUGCAGCAGAAGGCCUCCAUCCUGAAAGCCGAGACCACCACCGUCAUCUUGCCGUGGUCGUGGUGA